AAAAGGUCACCUCCUUCGUACUCCUCAAGCUCGUUGCCCUAUGCAGUGCCAGAACAAGGCUUGGCGCUGGGCUGCCCAUGCCGCCCCGCUGCCUCCUCCCGCCCGCCCCCUCGGGGCACUCCCCUCCCCCCUCGGCCGUCGCUGCUUGGCCCGCCCCCCCUUGCGCCGGCCCCCCGCCCCCUCACCGGCGUUGCCUUCCGUCUCCGUCCCUUCGCCGCGCCCUUAUCCCCCCUGCUUUGCCGCCUCGCCUCGGCUCUCCGAGCCCCUUUUGGUUCACCCUUAUUACCCCGUGCCAAUUCCGGUUCCCCGCGCCUCCGCCCCCCUCGGUGGCCCUCCCGGCGUUUUGCCUUCCGUCGCCCGCCCCGGGCCCCGCUCGCACACGUCCCCGCCCCCGUCCUGCCCCCCCGGCCGCUCGACGGUCUGUCCCUUCCCCCCUCCCUUGCUAUCGGCCUCCCGGCCAGUGGGCCGCCGCCUGGCCCUUCAUGCCUUGCCGACGCCGGCCUGGGGCCUUCCCCCCGCCUCGCGCGCUAUGCACCCGCGCCGCCCGCUGCCUGCCCCUCUCUUCGGCCCGGCCCUCACUCGCCCUCCGCAACACGACUGCCUCCCGACUCGAAAGAACGACUGUCUUAUAGUCACAAUCUAUCAAACG